AUGAACUGUUUUCUUUUCACACUAUUCAUUAUUGCCGCACCGCUCGCGACGACGGCAUCUUAUGGCUCGGCUUCUUACGGCUCGGGUUCCUAUGGCUCGGCUUCCAGCGGCGGUAGUGGCGCUUCCUACUUAUCAUCUGCUUCAUCUAAUGGUUUGGACGAAUUAGUGCAGGCUGCUGCCGGUGGCGCUCAACAGGCGGGCGGUUCCAUCACACCUGCCAAUGCUGAAAUUCCAACCUCACCUGCGGAUGUGUCGCGCCUCAGCCAGGUGCAAGCUCAAUUGAAUGCACUCAACUCUAACGCCGUCUAUCGCAAUUUGAAGAACUCCGAUGCCAUUGCAGAAUCGCUGGCCCAGUCUAGCUUGGCUUCGAACAUUCGUCAGGGUAACAUCAACAUUGUUGCACCCAAUGUGGUCGAUCAGGGUGUUUACCGUUCACUGUUGGUGCCAUCUGGCCAAAACAAUCACCAAGUGAUCGCAACACAGCCAUUGCCACCAAUCAUUGUCAAUCAGCCAGAGCAGCCACCUACCCAUAUUGGUGGUGGACCAGCGGCCGUUGUGAAAGCUGCUCCAGUCAUCUACAAAAUCAAACCAUCUGUGAUCUAUCAACAAGAAGUGAUCAACAAGGUGCCAACUCCACUUAGCUUGAACCCAGUUUACGUGAAAGUAUACAAACCAGGCAAGAAGGUUGAUGCUCCACUUGUACCCGGUGUGCAGCAAACUUAUCAGGCACCUUCCUAUGGUGGCGCAUCAUAUGAGCCUGCGUCCGCACCAUCUUACGGUGCUGCACCUGCCCAAUCCUAUGGUCCAGCCCCGGCCGCGUCCUAUAAUGUAGCUCCGGCUCCAACCUACAACGCCGCUUCUUCUUAUGGCUCUGAAGCAACUUAUAGCUCCGCUCCUGCUCCAUCAUACAGCUCUGCUUCUGCGCCAGCACCAGGCUAUUAAAUGUAGCAGUCAGUAGGCAAACUUAGCCAAAUUAACUUAGUAUUUUCGUUUUUUCAGUUAAAACUUUUUUACGUUUUAUAUGUCCUAUUCGACAAGAAAAAAUA